AUGGAGUCCAAAAACUCCCAGACAUAUGAACGCUCCAGCGACGGGCUUUUGAGCUCGUUCCGCGACGACUCGCUGAGCGAAGAUGCCCCCACGCUCUGGGAGCAAAAGCUCCCCUGGUAUCGCUCCAAGUACCGAAAGCCGCUGGGGAUCGCGGGCUGCCUCAUCGUCUUGCUCGGGGGCACAGCCAUUUACCAAGCGAUGCAGCUCUCGCAUCACCACCCUCGCACCGUCACGGGCUUCGAGGCCGGCAAGUCUGGUCGAUGCGGCUUCACCGCCCCCGAGGCCAUAGCCAAGGGCUGCGUCUUUGACUACAUGAACUUCAGCUGGCAGCCGCCCGAGUGCUACGACCACGAGCUCGACUUGGAGCACUCGAAGAGGAUGCGGGCUGAACGUCCCGUCCGUUGGUGGGCGGACGCAAACCUCACGAUGCCCCUGCCGGACGACAAGGAGGUCCUCAAGAUGUACAGCGAGGUUUGGGUGGAGCGCCGUUUCCACUACAAGCAUUGCAUGUACAGCUGGGACAGUCUCCAUCUGAGCUACGAGGAUGGUCGCCCGAUUCCGGAUCUUCAGACCGUUCAUCACUCUAGGCAUUGCGCCAUGAUUCUGGACAAGGCCAUCAAAGUAGAUAACGGCACCGAAGUGCUCAUCGAACACGCCGUUACCUGGUUCUCCGCAUGUGUCUGGCCUAGAGCCUAA